AUGACUGGCAGUUUAAUCGCUGGCAACAACACAUACUGCUACAUAUUUCGAAGCGAUGUCAACAUCUUCACCUUCUCUGGCAACAACCAUAUCACUCUAUGGAGAUCGAAUCUAAACAGAUUGGCAUCGGCAGGCUCGGUCACUUCCAUGAUACCAUCAUCACCCUACGACCAGGUGUCGAUGGAUACGGCAGACGCUAGGAUCGCCCAGUCAACAGUGUCGAACCCCGCCUCGGCCAUCGAGGUUCGAGUCCAAUCAAUUAGGGUCGUGACCCUACUCAAGUCCACAAUCAAAGGUUAUUCGUGCAAACUCCUGGUGAUUGGCUCGUUGGAGCUCUAUGACUUCCUUGAUCUUGGUGCCAAUGGCCAGAUCGUAUUCGAUUCAAUCCAUAUCACCUCUCCCGGCAGAAUUGACCCAUUCAACGCAACGAUCACCGCAGGUACAGUCCAAAUAGGCAAUGGAUUGUUAGGUUCAGGCAACUUGGUGCUCAAUGGUCAAUUGAUCUCCAAUCACCCGUGUCCAAUGUCCAAUACCUGCUCAUGUCAAGCAUCAACGACAACAACAUCGAAUACCAAGCCAACCGUGCAGUGGACAAGGUGA